AUGAACAAUUUCGGACCCCAGGCUGCCGCUCUCCUUAUGCGACCUAAUCCCACCAUCGUCGUUUGUCCCACCGCAAUAUAUAAGGCACCUAUGUACAUUUGUUAUGACUACAUUUGUCAGUAUUGUCCCCGAGAAGAUCAAGGACCUCAAAUCAUAUACCUUCCACAAGCUUCUUCCGAUCCACACCACAAUAGUCCUGCUCCACGAGUCUACACCCGGUUUUAUCAUGAUCAUCGAUAUCAAGUGUAUGCCGUCUACCAGUACGAACUACCUCCUCAAGAGUCUAGGAUCGAUUCGAGUCCUCCAAUUCAGCGUAAUUGGUAUUAUGGACAAUUUGGCAAUCCUAUUCGUGGCGUUCUUCAAGAUAAUGGAACCGAAGCCUUCACCGAUCCCGUCAGCGGUCACACUGUCAUACAUGCUCCUCCUGCCGGCCUUACCAUCCAUCCCGAAGCUCGUGGUCCAGCCGGUAAUAGUUCCGAAGCGACUUCUUCUAUCGAAUCCCUUCCAUCCGAAGUAAGCGCUGCGACACCCAGUCUUGGUACUAGUUCUUUACGAUCUCGAUCUUCAGGGUCAUCUGCCUUACCCUUGACGCCAAGAAGCACCUAUAAUACCGCGGGUACUUAUAGGUUACCUGCUAUUAUUCAAGCUCAAGAACCAAUGGAUGAGGGUGAGGUCGCAGAGCUCCGUCGCGGUGGAGCGAUUCUGGUUGGAGAGAUAUCGGACAAUGAUAGAACUCCGACUCGAGAUACGUUUGGGGGAGAAGGAAUAGGGGUUACGGCAACACCAAUUGCUCGUAGAGCUAAUGGUGGUGGUGUUGGUGGUACCAAUGGAGUUGGCACUGCUAACAUUAAUCCACCUCAUGGUCCCAGAGGUGGAGGAAAUGGUCGGGGUCAGAAUCCGAAUCGUGUUCGGGGAGGACGUCCUACUAGAAUUUGGCAUGCGCGUAACUAA